UAUUUGCUGUCUGCAUAUUGCAGAGACAGCAUCCUAAUUUUAAUUAGGUGCUGUCAAUCUCAAAGGAUUACAUUUCUCCUGUUGUUUGAUGGAACUGGAGAGACAAACCUGCAUUAUUUUCGCUUAAGUAAGGAUUUUGGGGCAAUGCAAUAAGGAGGGAGUGAAAUCAUCCCAGCCGCUGCUUUGGAUUAGGCUCUCUCCUUCUCUCUCUCUCUGUAUCUCUAUCUCUCUGCCUCACCUCAAUUCUCUCUUCUAUCUCGUUUUCCUCUUCACAACCUUAUCUCAUCUCUUCUUCUUACUUUUUUUCUCUCUCCCUCCUGUUCUUUCUUUAUUUCAUCUUUCGUUUACUUGCUAUCAUUCUUUCCCCUCUCUCGUUAUCUCUCUUCCCCUUUCUCUAAUUUUCUCCACCCUUUCUCGUUCUCUCUCUCCAGUCUCAUUCUUUCGCCUCUUUCUUUCUCUGCUCCAUUUAUUCUCUCUCCUCCUGCCUCCUUAUUUUCCUCUGCAUUGGCCCGCUUCUCUCCCAUCAUGACAGAACAACUGACCCAGUGCAACAUCAAGGUGAUGUGCAGGUUUCGGCCGCUCAGCCAUGCUGAGAUCCUUAGGGGCGAUAAAUUCAUCCCGAAAUUUCAAAACGAUGACACAGUAGUGAUCGCGGGGAAGCCGUAUGUCUUCGACCGUGUGUUCCCAACCAACACCAGCCAGGAUCAAGUCUACAAUGCCUGUGCCAAGCAGAUUGUGCGAGAUGUGUUGGCAGGAUACAACGGUACCAUUUUUGCUUAUGGACAGACCUCAUCUGGGAAGACACACACCAUGGAGGGCUCUUUGCAUGACACACACUUGAUGGGCAUCAUACCCAGGAUCGCGCAUGACAUCUUCAACCAUAUAUACGCCAUGGACGAGAACCUAGAGUUUCACAUAAAGGUUUCCUACUUUGAGAUCUACAUGGACAAGAUACGUGACCUGCUCGAUGUGGCAAAGACGAACCUUUCUGUGCAUGAGGACAAGAACAGAGUUCCUUUUGUUAAGGGUUGCACGGAGCGGUUUGUUUCCAGCCCAGAGGAGGUGAUGGAUGUGAUAGACGAAGGGAAAUGCAAUCGUCAUGUCGCAGUCACCAACAUGAAUGAACACAGUUCUCGGAGCCACAGCAUCUUCCUGAUCAACAUCAAACAGGAGAAUGUGGAGACAGAACAAAAACUCAGCGGGAAGCUCUACCUGGUCGACUUGGCAGGAAGCGAGAAGGUCAGCAAGACAGGGGCCGAAGGAGCAGUGCUGGAUGAAGCGAAGAACAUCAACAAGUCUUUGUCCUCCCUGGGGAAUGUCAUCUCUGCCCUGGCCGAAGGAACGAAAGCUCACGUGCCGUACCGUGACAGCAAGAUGACCCGGAUCCUUCAGGACUCCCUUGGAGGCAACUGCAGGACCACGAUCGUCAUCUGCUGCUCGCCAUCCAGCUACAAUGACGCGGAGACCAGAUCCACCCUCAUGUUCGGGCAGAGGGCAAAGACUAUCAGGAACACAGCCUCUGUCAACCUGGAGCUGACGGCAGAGGAGUGGAAGAAGAAGUACGAAAAGGAGAAGGAGAAAAACAAGGCUCACAGGGAGACCAUCCGUCGGCUGGAGGCUGAGCUCAGCCGAUGGCGUGACGGAGAGAACGUCCCUGUGAGUGAGCAGCUGCCAGAGAGGGAGGAGAUCAUCACCCCAGCGGUGGACAACUCCUCCAUUGUGAUCCAUAUCUCCAAUGAGGAGAGACAGAAGUACGAAGAGGAGAUCCGCAAACUCUACAAGCACCUGGACGAGAAGGAUGACGAAAUCAACUUUCACAGCCAGAUGGUGGAGAAACUCAAACUGCAGAUGUUGGAUCAGGAUGAGCUUCUAGCUUCAACCCGUGGGGACAAUGCCAAGAUCCAAGAGGAACUGGGGAGGUUGCAGGCAGAGAAUGACAGCGCCAAGGAGGAGGUCAAAGAAGUUCUCCAGGCUCUGGAGGAGCUAGCUGUAAACUAUGACCAGAAGACCCUGGAAGUGGAGGAGAUGUCCAAGCAGAAUGGACUAUUGGCAGAUGAGCUGACCAAAAAGAUGGCAACACUGAUUGGCUUGGAGGCAGAGUUGCGUCACACCCAGGAACUGAGCAACCACCAGAAGACGAGGGUGACAGAGGUCCUGAACAACCUCCUCAAGGACCUGGCUGACUUCAGCAACAUCCUGGGCAAUGGGGAGUGGAAAGUGCCUGUGGAGUUCAGUGGUGCCAUUGAAGAGGAGUUUACUGUGACUCGACUCUACAUCAGCAAGGUGAAAUCUGAAGUGAAGAUGCUCUUGAAGCGAUGUCACCAACUGGAGAACAACCAGAGCGAGUGCAACAAGAAAAUGGAGGAGAACACUCGAGAGCUGUCUGCCUGCCAACUCCUCAUCUCACAGCACGAGGCCAAGAUCCACUCACUGACCGAGUACACUCAGAAUGUGGAGCUGAAGAAACGACACCUGGAGGAAGCUUACGAUGCACUCAAUGAGGAGGUGUCCAAGCUGCAGACACAAGAUAUGGUGAAUAAAGAGGAGGAAGAGGCGGAGGACGGGAAAUCGGGAGAAGAGGGAGGUGUGAAGAGGACCCUGGAGAAGCGGAUGGAGAGCCAUCGUGACACACACCAGAAGCAGCUGGCUCAUCUGCGGGAUGAGAUUGCAGAAAAGCAAAAGACGAUAGAUGAGUUGAAAGACCUGAACCAGCAGCUGAACUUGGAGCUUGAGAAACUGCGUGCCGAUUUCGAGAAGUUGAAAAGCGAGCAGCGGGAAAAAAGCAAAAAAAUUCAGGAGCUUACAUUUCUCCACGAGAAACACGAGCAGUCCAGGCAGGAUCUUAAGGGACUUGAAGAGACUGUGGCACGAGAACUUCAAACUCUGCAUAACCUACGAAAACUUUUUGUUCAAGACCUCACCACACGUGUCAGGAAAAACACUGAGCUGGAAGCAGACGACAGCGGUGGGUGCGUCUCACAGAAACAGAAGAUAUCCUUUCUUGAGAACAACCUGGAUCAACUUACAAAGGUUCACAAACAGCUGGUUCGUGACAAUGCAGACCUGCGUUGUGAGCUUCCGAAGCUGGAGAAACGACUGCGGGCUACGGCUGAGAGAGUGCGGGCCCUGGAGGCAGCACUGAAGGAGGCGAAGGAGGGAGCGGUGAAGGACCGCCGACGCUACCAGCUGGAGGUGGAGCGCAUCAAAGAGGUGGUGCGCUCCAAGAAUGGGCCCAGGAGGUCACACUCAGCGCAGAUCGCAAAGCCAGUUCGCCCAGGACAACACCCAGCUUGCUCCCCUCUGGGUCUGCACAUUCCUCGUCACCCUGAAUCCUGCACCUUCAGCAAUGCCCUCUUCCAUACAUGCCACCCUCUAUACCUGGCUGACAGCUCCAAAGUCAAAUACUCACUAGGUGGACCAUGCAGCAGUGUGCCGGCUGAUUGCCUUGACCUCUAUCAGAAGGAGAUUGUGGAUAAUGGGAAUGAGACGGACAUCAAUGACAACAGGAGUGAGACGCACUGUGGUUGCAAGGCUGAGGACCCAGCAAAACUCUACAUCAUUCCCCAGCAGACAGCUGCCAGCUAAUGGAUCAACCCCACCUGUAGGAGGCUCCCACCCGCCUGCGGAUCACCUGCUUCUGUUCCUACGGCUUCGAGGAACAUUGUAGAACCAUCCUCCUCCAUCACAACCCUAAGCUCUCCUUCCCCUUUGCCCUCCCCCAACUCCCCCACCUCCCCCUUCGGGCUGCGUGCAGCGGGGAUGGUUCUCGGAGGGGUACAAGAAGUGGCUGUUCACAAUGAUGCUGUCACCCUCAUCUCUUGCCAUGGAAGGUGGGAGCCUUUGCUCUGGAGUCAGCCAUCUCUCUGACUCUGUUGCUGCGUGUCCUGUUCCUCCCCUAUCCUCACCCCCCCCCCCCCCACCCAUGACUGCAUACUCGACGGACCGAUACCAGGUUCACAGUCUCUGGAUUCCCUAAGGAUAUUCCAACAUCACAUUCCCUACCCCUCAUCCACUCUCCUGGUGUUGUGGAUCAGUCUGAAUGUCGCAAUUGUUUUUCUCUGUCCCGUCCCCCCCACCCCGGUGUUUCUAGAUCAGUGCUGCACCAUGUGAGAGGUUGGUUUCUUCUGGGAAAGUCCGGACGUUGCCUGGAGGCUGACAGAGAGGAGCUUGUCAUUCAGGUUCCGAGGGGUGCCACCUUGGAUUGCUGCAUUUCUAGAUCGAUGCAGUGUGUUGCAUAUUCUAGAUCACCAUGUUCCAACACACAGGCCCAUCCUCCUGUUCUGAGUAAGAGUGAGUUUAACUGGAAUGGUCUGCUUCUCCUGGUUAGUGCCUCAACACAGAGGAUCACUGUUGUUCUGGAUCAGGGUGGAGCUGGACAGGACUUCCCAAUGUUCAGGAUAAAUCUAACAUUGGUAAGGGUGUCUGUUCAGGAUCACUGAGUCAUUGAGCAGGAUGCCCUGUUUUUCUGGAUCAUCGUGGCACCAGGCAAGAUUACCAUUGUUCUAGAUAAUUGGAGCACAUGGUUGCUGUACUUGAUGAGCAUGGCACUGGAGAGGAUACUCUGCUGUUCUGGAUAAAGGUGGCACAGGGAAAGAUCUGCCCCAAUUCUAGAUCAGCUAUGGUUCAGGUUGGCAGUAUCGACCACUGUUGCAGAUUAGUGUUGCCCCUGAACAGGGCAAACUCAUCUUCUAGGUCAGAGUGGUGCCGGCCAGGGCCCACCAGUGUUCUAGAUUGGUGUGUAGUCAGAUUCAUCUGUCUGUGUUCUAGAGCAGAGUGUCACUAGACAGGGUCUGCUGAUAGUCCAGUUCAAUGUGGGGGCACAGGACAGGAUAGGAAUUUGUUCUAGAUCAACGUGGCACAAGGUAGAAUCACCUAUUGUUCUUGACUGGUAGUGCGUAAAGCAGGAUCAGGCGGAGUUUUAGAUCAUCCUGCAUCAAGGACAGAUUUGAUUGGUGUUCUAGACUGAUGUGGCAUUGUACAGUGGCUGUUGGUGUUCUAGAUCCGAGUUGUAGCAGCCAUUAUGCUAGAGUCAGGUGGCACCAGAUGCAGAGUUGACUUGUGUUCCAGGUCAGAGCGGUAUGGGACAGAGCCAGCUGCUGUUCUAAUUCAGAGUCAUGGUGGACAGAGCCAGCUGGUAUUCUGGAUUGACAUGGCAUUGUGCUGGUUCCAUUGGUGCUGAGACAGAUGGCACCAGUGCGUGUACUAGAUAUAUGGGACCUGGAGACCACCCUCCUCUGAAAAGGACCCGACUGCAGUUUCACCACCGAGAACCCCACAUCCACACUCACCCCAUGCUCUGAGAACAGUGGGGAGAUUUGAAUCUGUAGGGACUGGACUGGAUGGGCAGAAUGACCCCUAACGUUCCAGAUUCAAUGCCUCGGGGUGUGGAGGGGAGGAGACCCACAGGAUGCAUUCAUGGCCGAUCCAGGGAGGAGUCAAACCCUCCGCUCGUGCCUCUGCACAUUCCCAUCCACCUCCCUUUGCCCCGCCUCCGGCUUGCUCUGUCACUUGUCUGUAUGUUCACCCCCCACCUCACCUUGUCUGCGUUUGUGUCUGUGUUGCAUGUCAACCUGAGAAACACGACCUACCAUCCAUCAGCUCUUUUACCUGCGUGCAGGUCCGAUCAAUAAAAGAUCAGAGAUGAGGUAACCUUGUGAU